UGAUAAACUUUUGCAAAGUGAAAACAUCUGUGUAUGGAGCCCGCAAGCCAGGAAAUCCAGUCAAUAACACAGAGCCCGAGUUUCGUCAAAUGCCUGAAGGCAACAGCCAUCUAUGAGGGCGAUCUUUUUGGGAAGGGGCGUUCCAGGAAGGAUCGGGCGGGACCAGCGAGGAACUAUCAAUAAAGCUGCCAGGUCCCGAAACGAGCGAAGGGCGGGGCUUCCUCGCUGCGGACCCGGUUAGAAUGAAGGGGUGUUACUCAUAGGUAAGAGGGAGCAAGAUUAAGCGAGGCUAGAUUCGCAGUCAGGAUGGGCAGGGCCUAGCGGUUACGGCAGCGACCGACACUACCAGGAGCGAGUCAGAUGGAGAGGUUGGCAGAGUUUUGGGAAAGAAAAUGCACUCGAACCACGACAUGGCCCCAAGCCGCACCGCGUCACACCAGGGGCGGGACUUCGUGGCGUAAGAGCGCAGCUGCGUCGAGGGGCGGGGCCGACGCAAAGCAAGAUGGCCGCGAACGUGUUUCCUUUCCGUGAUGCCCGUGCCGCUCCAGACCCAGUACUGGAGGCCGGACCGGUGGCACCCGGAUCGGUGCCGCUCGUACUGGACAAUGGGUCGUUCCAAGUUCGCGCUGGCUGGGCGUGCCCUGGGUCAGACCCGGGUCCCGAGCCGCGUCUGCAGUUCCGCGCCGUGUGCGCUCGCGGCAGGGGCGGAGCGAGGGGCGCGACGGGUCCUCAGGUGGGCAACGCGCUGGGCAGCCUGGAGCCGCUGCGCUGGAUGCUGCGCUCGCCUUUUGACCGCAAUGUGCCGGUCAACCUGGAGCUGCAGGAGCUGUUGCUCGACUACAGUUUCCAGCACCUGGGUGUCUCCUCGCAGGGCUGUGUUGAUCAUCCCAUAGUUUUGACAGAAGCUGUGUGUAAUCCACUAUAUUCACGUCAAAUGAUGUCCGAGCUCCUUUUUGAGUGUUAUGGAAUUCCUAAGGUUGUGUAUGGAAUAGACAGCCUCUUCAGCUUCUACCACAAUAAGCCGAAGAAUGCCAUUUCCAGCGGGCUCAUCAUUUCAUCUGGAUACCAGUGUACACAUAUUUUGCCCAUCCUAGAAGGAAGGCUAGAUGCCAAAAACUGCAAGCGUAUCAAUCUUGGAGGAAGCCAGGCAGCUGGGUACCUCCAGCGACUCCUCCAGCUGAAGUAUCCUGGCCACCUGGCAGCCAUCACGCUCAGCCGCAUGGAGGAGAUCCUGCAUGAGCACAGCUACAUUGCUGAGGACUACGGGGAAGAAUUGCAUAAGUGGCGGUGCCCAGAUUAUUAUGAGAACAAUGUCCACAAGAUGCAGCUCCCGUUUUCCAGCAAGCUUCUGGGCAGCACUCUGACAUCUGAGGAAAAGCAAGAGAGGCGGCUGCAGCAACUGCGGCGGCUGCAGGAGCUCAAUGCCCGGCGGCGGGAGGAGAAGCUGCAGCUGGAUCAGGAGCGGCUGGACCGACUGCUCUAUGUGCAGGAGCUCCUGGAGGAUGGCCAGAUGGAUCAGUUUCACAAAGCUCUGAUAGAGCUGAACAUGGACUCCCCAGAAGAGCUGCAGUCCUACAUACAAAAGCUCAGUUUGGCAGUGGAGCAGGCAAAGCAGAAAACCCUUCAGGCUGAAGUCAACCUUGAAGUGGACGUGGUGGACACUAAGCCAGAGACCCCUGACCUGGAGCAGCUAGAGCCGUCUCUGGAAGACGUGGAAAGCAUGAAUGAUUUUGAGCCCUUGUUUUCAGAGGAAGCACCUGAAGUAGAGAAGCCCAUCACCACUGUCCAGCCCGUGUUUAACUUGGCAGCAUAUCAUCAGCUGUUUGUUGGGACAGAAAGAAUUCGAGCCCCAGAAAUCAUUUUCCAGCCAUCUCUCAUAGGAGAGGAACAGGCGGGGAUAGCGGAGACUCUUCAAUACAUUCUGGACAGGUACUCAAAAGAUACUCAGGAGAGGCUGGUCCAGAACAUUUUUCUCACUGGUGGGAACGUGAUGUAUCCUGGGAUGAAAGCUCGAAUUGAGAAGGAGCUGCUGGAGAUGAGGCCCUUCCAGUCUUCCUUCCAGGUUCAGCUUGCCUCGAACCCUGUGCUGGAUGCCUGGUAUGGUGCUCGUGACUGGGCUUUGGACCACCUGGAUGAUGCUGAAGCCUGGGUCACCAGGAAAGAAUAUGAGGAAAAGGGAGGAGAGUACUUCAAGGAGCAUUGUGCCUCGAACAUCUGUGUCCCCAUCCGCCUGCCCAAGCAGGCCUCACGCGCUUCAGAAGCCCCAGCAUCUAGCAAAGGCUCAGGGGCCAGUGGAAGCGGCACUGGGGAGGCCUAGCAGACGCCCUGCAGAGAGUAGCCCUGCACACACUGCCCUUGGGCCACCUCAGCAUCGUGGUGGGACAGCGACUCUGCUGGGUGUAUCCAGCACAGGUGGUCACAUGUGGCUACAAGGUAGACUUCUCCAAGGGAAAACAGAAAGAGGCAUUACUGUAAAAAGGACUUGGAGUGGCCUUCUGCUGUCUGUGGAACUAACUGUACAUGAGCUAUGGCUUUAGUUUCAGGAAGACAGGUGGAAGCCAGAGGUGUACAGAAGGCACAGGACUUACUCUUACUGGGUUACAAAAUCUUUUGCUUUAAAAACUUGAGAAAGUUAUUGUUGUAGUUAUUUUAUUCUUCUGAAUUUAUUCAGAAAUUGUGUGAAUGCCCAGCAGUGGGAGGCAUUUCUUGUAUAUAAGUCAUUUUUAUGCCAUAGAGGCAACCACUUCUCCCUUCUAGUGGUUCCCCUUACCAGAAAGAGGAAGGAAGGGAAGAAGCCCAGGAAAGCCAGCAGCUUACAGUCGCUUUGCUGUGUGCAGACUGCCUGAUGCCUUCUUCAGAACAGGCAGAGACGACGAGGUCAUGGUCCAGCUUUGGUUCACACCUCUUUAUUUGCUGGAAACUUUUCCAUGUGCUUAUUUCUGCCUCUGUGAAUUUGGUGGCUUCUUAACUUUUUCAGGCAUUUCUGAAGAAUGAAGUAGGCUGAAGGUUAGCUCUGUAGCCUUUGCAGUUUGUGCAUUAUCUCACAUUUUCCAUCCCCUGAUGGCUGCCUCUUAAAUGGACAAAUCACCCGUCUUUUUGUGGUUUUUUUUUAAACAGAGAUUGCUUGGUAAGAAUUUUAAGUGUCAAACACACAGGAAUUGAGCCCAGGAGGCUCCUGAACAGCAGACCCUGUCAUAGAAUCUGUGCAUUUAGACUCCAGGAACAUCUAGCACCUUGUCGCAUGGUGCAGGCAUGGGCUGGGCCAGAGCUCAAAGCCACAUGUGGAGAGUGCUGAGGACUGCAGGGAGUAUGACCUUUGUAGAUUUUGGACUUUGGUCUCCAAAACUGAGAAAAUAAAAGUUUUAAAUACCGA